AACGCGAGAUUCCCACACAUUGAUUGCUGUUCAAUAUAUACGAGUCUAUUAAUUACCUGUAAGCCCUAGCACGGUUGACGGGGUAGAAUUUGGCUUAGUACACACACACGAGCGGUAUGUUGAUAGUAGCAGGUGACACUUUAUCUCUGUAGACAGGAGUUAACUGUCAGACUAAUAUGGAGCUACAACGAAUAGACAGUAUAUCACUCAAGGAGGAGUAUCUCCUGAAGAUUUGGGAAGACUAUGUGCUGGAAAACAUCGUGGAGGCCAACUCGUGUCAGAUGGCCAUAUUUGACCGCCGAACCAAGAGGCGGAUCAUAGGCACGGAAAACUUUAAGAUCCAAGCGUGUGAGUUGAGCCACAUUGCCGAGGGAGUAUUGUAUCCCGAUUUGGUUGUUAGGAACGGCGUGACCGUCUGUGGUCGGCAUUACGACGUCCGACUGGCGGACGGAAAACAGGGUAUCUACGCCCGGGCAGAAGAGUACGGCUGCACCGUGUGUCGAACCCAGUCCCUGCUUAUUUUAUGUGUAAACGACUCUCGCGCUGUGGCGUCGGAGUGUAACGAACAGGUGAUGAAGCUCGGAGACUUUCUGUUCCAGGCAGGGAUGUAGAGGAAGUUUGAAUGUCGAACAAUGUAGAGAAAUACCAGAAACAUCAUUUCACUGGCGUGACCGUAGUCAAUUGGUUGGCAGGACCAUUCUGGCGACAUGGACUACCACUAGUCCAUUGGAGCAUUAGGAAAAUGAACAGUAUUUAUAAUAAGAUUCCGGCCGCAGAACUAUAACAUUUCCCGACAAUUCCGAAUCUUUUAAGGAUGAUGAUUCCACAACAUAUUCAAAGAAACUGAGAGACUAUUUCAAUUUAAAUGUGGUCCAUUUUUUUCUAUUACCGUUGUCGUGCAACGUGACAGUGAUGUAUAGUGUAAGUUAUGUUGUUACCGUGUCACACUAUGGAUAUUGGUGGAAUCUGUAUAAGUAUUUGUUAGUACAUCGUUUCUAAACAUUUUGGCAUGUAUUCGUUCUACUCAAUUUAUACAGUUAUGUUAAGGUAUUAUAUCAUUCUGUCGCUACAGAUGCUUCUAUACUACAUGACAUGCAUAAUACACAAAAAGGCUAUCUAAGAUGUUUGUAUAAAUCAGACGGAUUGCUAUGAAAUUAGAUGUCACAUUUUACAUGGUGAAAGAUAUAUAUUGAAAAUACAAGGCUCUAACAUGUCAUUGACUGGCAUGUUUUAUAAACGGUGGUCGAGCCACCUUAGCUAUGUACAUGUCUGAUCGAUAUAUAGAUUUAAAGUUUUGUGUAACUGGUGCUUAUCCAAUGUUCUGUUUUUGUGUUCGAUUCAAAAGAAUUCGAGCGCCCGUAUAAUGAGCGUAUUAUCCAGUCUAAUAGUGGUUUUGUUAGGGGCUUACAUACGCAUACUAUUUAUAUUAGUUCUAAACAGUCGAAAAUAAAACGACUUUAGAAAACGGGUUUAGGUAGACUCUACAGCAACUCGAUUGCGAAUUGAAAAUAAAAACGAGUAAUAGUUUAUAACCAUUAAUACUUAUUGAAUGAAUUUCUAUUGAGGCCCGAAACUCGACGAGUGCUGAAUGGAGUCUUUGAGCCAUAGAGGCGGUAAUUCAGGCCAUUGACAGGUGUAAAUAAAGUACAUGGACCUACCGAAAAUAUUCCAAUAAAAUCAAAAUACGGUAGGACUUUGGUUUUAGAGAACCAUUUACAGUGAGUUAAUAUAGCAAGCUUUUAGUAUAUUUACACACAGUAUAGACACAUGACACCCAAUAGUUGAUAAAGUUUGUCCGCCUAGUUACCAGGAACCUGUCUUUGUCCUUGCAAUUUUUGUUUGCAAUACAAUUUUAAUUUCUUAUUGCACAUUAAAUUGUUUUUCAAUGGUAAUGUUGGAUUUUCGUAAGCAUUUCACAUGUUAUUAUUAAAACUUUGUGUAUGUUAUACACUGGAGCCUCGGUGAUCCAGCCAGACUUUGUUUCCUGCAAAAGUGAACGGAUGGAGAGGUGGUUGCAUCAUUAGGAUAGUCUUGUAAAAGACGGAUCAGCAAGUCACCAAAACACCGGAUGGAUAGUAGGACAGUCGUAUAUAGAUGUUUUAGCUCAUUAACGAUAUUGCAAUAUACGUCUUGUGUUAAUUAUUAUGCUAUAUUGUUAGUAAGAAAACAGUAUUAUGUUAAAUUUAUGUAUUGUAUUGAUAUAUUUGUUAGAAAUCAAUAAAGUCACAUUUGAUAUA